AUGGUGUCAUACUAUCUGCCAAGAAAUCUCGAACAGCGCCGUUUAAUCCAAACAGUCCAUCUUACUUUGGAGCGUAUACCCUACGACAUUCAGAAUGCAGUCCAGAAUUUGUUUGCACAGUACACACGACAGUACGGCGCCAGAGGGGUCGUGAUUCCAAAUGAGGAUGUAUUUGGCCAUCAUAUCGUACUUCUUGACGUGAUUGUCAAAAGAUGGGCGGUAUAUUUUCAGCGUUUCGUCAACCAGGCUGUCGCAGCCACAGGUCAGCAGUUUAGCUUUGCUGAAAUUCUCGGAUUUUAUUUCCAACUUGACAACAAUGACGUUGUUUUACAAGGAGGAGUUUCUGCGUGGAAACAAGGCGCUUGGUCUCCGCCCACUGGUUAUCGCAAGGACCUAGCAAAAACUAUAGUCGACAUACAAGGAAAUGUACAUCCAAGAUACACAUUCGCACAACUGAACACCAAUGGUGUUAAACUCUCGUACACAGUACGCGAUUGGAACAAAGCAAAAGGGCAUACGGGACAGCGGUUCAAGUUCUUACCAGAGAUACGGAAAUAUCGUCGUAGAUUUUUGGAAGAACAUGGUCUUUUGGAAGACGCUGAUCUGUCACUGUAUUACCAAGCUGUAAUUGGCGUUGAUCUUGGUCGCCGCCCAACGCCUGUAAUACCCUCUGAUCAUACCGGCGAGCAUCACGGCAGCGGCAGCAGCAGCAGCAGCAGCAUUGCUUCAGUAACCACACUGCAAACAGAAAGCGUGCUAUCUAUCGGAGGGGAAGACGUGGUUAUGGCUAGUCCUGAACCAGGCGAGGGGCAUCUCGGUGAUGAUACACACCCUGGUGUACAGUUCGCAGUAUCAUCAUCUGAAUUGCAUGGCCGUAAUCGCCAAAAUAAACGUUGGUUACAACGAAGGAAACAAGUACAAGGAAUACAUGAACUCGAAGCACGACUUUCUUUUGGCAGCACGAAAUCGACGUAUCAAAAUGCAUUACAGUAUAUUCGACAAUGGCAAAACAACAAUACUGGUUUGGCACUAAAUACUUUUAACUCUCAAAAAGCUGUUCUACACAAACAAUGGGACACUCGAAUUUCAAUCAGCUCUGCAUUUGACCAUGCAUGCGGACGUGCACUCAACCUUUCUCGAAUAUCGGCGACAGCAGCUACUCGUGCCGAUUGUUUUAACCACAUCAAUCAACGCAAAGAGCGUCGGCGCGAGGAGGAGCAACGACAACUACAACAUCAUGCUCCACGAUCAAUUGAUCGGGGUGGUCGAAGGGUGCCUCGUGAUGAACUGCAACUGACACGAAGACAUCGACAAGCAGUAAGACGCCAACAGAAAAGACUUGACAGGUUGCGAACAAAUACGGAUCGCCGCAUCAUGAUAGGCCUUGGUUUAGACGGGAUGAUACAACAAACCCCACUGGGUGAGCUUGCAUCGAUGGAUACCAAACUGGCCAAUCGUCUUAUGAUCAACACCCAAGCAAGAAAUAAUGUUGACGUUGUACGCUUAGACGAAUACAACACCUCGCAAUUUUGCCCUAAUUGCACACAGAAUGGGCAACAAUCGCGGUUACACUAUUUGAGACGCAACAACAACAACAACAUUUGCGGGUCCUCCUCUGUGACGCUUGUGGAAAGUACUAACAUCGAGAUGGAAGUGCCGCUCAUAAUCAAAGUCACUGUAUCGCUUCUGUCCUGCAAGAUGGUCGCAGACCACCCCAGUUUAUCAGACCUUCAAGGCGGCUUUGAAAUCCAUGCAAAAGCGUCUUUAUUUUUCUAUUGUCCGCUGAACAAUCGCUUUGUCAGUUAA